AGGGCAGUAAGCUGGGCUGGCUACCGCCUCUCCAGGGGCCAGAGAGCAGGCAGCUGGGGUCCACACCGACUCUGCCACUUGCAGUUCCCGCCAUGGCCGGAGCCGACUGGCAGUCGCUGGAGCAGUGCUUAGAGAAGUACUUGCCCCUCGCAGACUUGCAAGAAGUGAAACGCAUUCUUUAUGGCAGCGAUACCAGGAGGCUCGACCUGCCCGAGAGAGCUUUUGAAGCUGCCCGCCAAUGUGACUUUGACCUGCAGGGAUAUGCCUUUCCGGCAGCGGAGGAGCAGAUAAGACACCCCCGGCUCCUGCGAGUGGGGCUCGUGCAACACAGAAUCCCUCUCCCCGCGAAAACCCCCGUGGCGGAACAGGUCUCUACCAUCCACAGACGCAUCGAGGCCAUUGUCGAGGUGGCUGCAAUGUGCGGAGUCAACAUCAUUUGUUUCCAGGAAGCGUGGACUAUGCCCUUUGCUUUCUGUACAAGAGAGAAGCUUCCUUGGACGGAAUUUGCCGAGUCAGCGGAGGAUGGUCUCACCACCAGGCUCUGUCAGAAGCUGGCAAAGAAGCAUGGCAUGGUAGUGAUAUCCCCCAUCCUGGAACGAGACCAUGAUCAUGGGGAUGUUCUGUGGAAUACAGCCGUGGUGAUCUCUAAUUCUGGUGCAGUCCUGGGCAAGACGAGAAAAAACCACAUCCCGAGAGUGGGCGAUUUCAACGAGUCAACUUACUACAUGGAGGGGAACCUGGGCCACCCCGUGUUCCAGACGCAGUUUGGCAAGAUCGCAGUGAACAUUUGUUAUGGACGGCACCACCCCCUCAACUGGCUUAUGUACAGCAUCAAUGGGGCAGAGAUCAUCUUCAACCCCUCGGCCACCACUGGCAACCUCAGUGAGUCCUUCUGGCCAAUUGAGGCCAGAAACGCUGCAAUCGCCAAUCACUGCUUCACGUGUGCCAUUAACCGCGUGGGCGAGGAACAUUUUCCCAAUGAGUUUACCUCUGGAGACGGCAGGAAAGCCCACAAAGACUUUGGCUAUUUUUAUGGCUCCAGCUAUGUAGCAGCCCCUGAUGGCAGCCGGACUCCUGGGCUGCCCCGUAACCGGGAUGGGCUGCUGGUCACUGAACUCGACCUCAACCUCUGCCGGCAGAUGAACGAUCUCUGGAGCUUCAAGAUGACUGGGAGAUAUGAGAUGUAUGCACGGGAGCUUGCUGAAGCUGUCAAACCCAACUACAGUCCCCACAUUGUGAAAGAGUAGCUGGCUUCACCCCUUCUUGCCUGGGGUUAGGGGCGGGUGCCUCUUCCUCUUAUGAAGGAGCACAGGGGGCAAGCUGCAUGUGUUCAAGAUCUCCCUGAUAAGGACGCUGCCCAGUGGGUUUUUCAAUGCCCAGGCAAGGGGAACUGGGAUGGGGCAAAUGGGUAUAAGGCUUCUUCCUAGAGCAAUGGUAAUGUUUUGAGAUUAGAUAGAGGUGGUGAUGGUUGCACAACAUUGCAAAUGUAUAAAGUACCACUGAUGAUAUGCUUUGCAUGUUUCAUUUGAUGUUACAUGACUUCUACCUUGCUCUUUGAAAAAUACCCAGAUCCUGCUGGUGCCGGUGAGUUUGAAGUUAGACAGAUGGGCUGGGUGUGAUGGCACAUGUCUGUCAUCCUGGGAGACUGAGGCAAGAGAAUUGCUGUGAGUUUGAGGCCAGCCUCGGCUAUAUAGUGAAUUCAAGGGCAAUCUGAACUACAUGGCAAAAUUCCACCUCCAAAAAAAGCGGGUUGGAGUGAAUUCAGACAGAAGGAACGCCCCAAGCCUGAGGUGCCAUCAGCAACCUGAGGGUCAGCGUGAGUAUCCGUGUGAUGGUGGGAGAAGGGAGAGGGUAGAUGCAGUGACAGAGCAUGGCGGUAGGUGUGUCAGCUGGCAUGACUGCAGUUCCCUGGCUAUGGCCUAGGCUGGCCUCAGCCUCCUAGAUUCAAGAAAUUCUCCUGUCUCGGCCUCCUUAGUAGCUGGGACUAUCAGUACACAGAAACAUGCCCAUGUUUGUGUGAAGUUGUUUCUGUUGUGCUAAAACUGAACCCCAGGUCUUGUGCAUGCUGAGCAAGUGUGCCACCCCUGAGAUACACCCCCAGCCCUUUUAAAAUGUUGAGACAAGGUCUCACUUAGUUGCCUAACCUGGCCUCCAGUUUAUAAUCUCCCUGUCUCAACCUCUUCAAGUAACUGGGCUUACAGGUGUUCACUACCACACUUAGCCUGUGUGACAGUAUUUGACUGAUGUGAUAAGUCCAUAAUGAGUUGACUAAGUGAGAUUAUCUCAUAUAACCUGGGUGGACCUGACUCUAUCUAAAAGCAGGCAGGGUUCCAUGUGAGACACAACAACUUUAGCCCCUGAGAGUUCCAUCCUCAUCCUAUUCCUCCAGUAGCCUGCUAUCGGGUUGGAUUUGUCUAACCAGCCCCCACAAUCGCUGGCUUCAGUUGCUUACAACAAAUCUCUUAAUAUGUAUUCUGUUGGUUCUGUCUUUCUCGUUGGGUCUGACUAAAUACAGAUUUUGGUGCCAGAAGUGGUUCCAGAGGAGGAAAAAAAAUUGUUUUUCAGACAGGGCUUACUAUGUAGCCCAGGCUGGCCUUGAACUCACAGCAGUCCUCUUGCCUCAGCCUCCCUGAGUGCUGGGAUUACAGAUGUGUGCCCCCACACCCAGCUGGGAAGUGUUAAGGAUAAGUUUUCAGUGUUGGUUCUGGGUUUUCUGGAAUUCUCUCAUUUAGUUGGAUUUAAGGCACUAGUGACUCUAUUUUGAAUGGUAAAGAGGAAAGUGGCGGUCUGUGGCAUGAAGCAGCCAUGGAAAUUUAUAGGUAGCGUAGGCCACCAGCCAGUGUGCAAGAGUUCUGUCCUGCCCUUCCCCACGGCCUGCCCUGUGGAUCACAGACUUAGCCCCUCACAUCACAUGAAGCCAUUCCUGCAUUUAAAUCUUUUGAUUUCUUUCUGCCUACCUCUGGUGGUUCUGUUCCUCAACUUACAUACCAGGUUAGUCACCUCUCUACGCCUUGGUUUCCACAUGUGUAGAAGCAACCACGUGCCUGCCCUGCUUUAUGUCACAGAGAGACGGGCUUGGUGCACUAGCGAGCUCCCUGGCGAUUGUCAAUGCAGUGCCUGUGUGGGCUCACAGGGCAAGAAUCCAGGCUGUGAGCCUCACAGCAGCUGAGCAGUGUGAGGGAGUGGAGUUCUGCACACUCUUAUUACUCCUGACCAGAGAACAAAGUCACGUGCCUUCACUGGCCAUGGGCAAGUCCAUGUCAGGGCUGGACAGUCCUUGGAUGAUAAAGCCUGAUGGAGUGAUUGACCAUAACUAUGCUGAUCUCCUUAACCUCUCUGAGCUACAGGUACAGUGGUCCACUUUGUACCUUAUUUCUUUUAGACAAGACAGCCCUACAGACCUGGUGAGGUUUUUUUAGCUCUGAUCUUUCUUGAUCCAAAAAUCUCUGUGCCUCUCAUUUCUAGAAGGAGUAUGUAAUCAGCCAAAUGCAGAGGUUUCAAUGACACGUCGUGCAUUUAUAAGUGACACAUCAGACUGAUUAUCCAUACCUCUGGAAACAACAGGCUCAUCCUAGAGCAGGCAGGCCCUGCCCAGAUAGGUUCCUUCCAGGACUGGCCUUGUGCCUGGAACACACAGUACUCAGAACUUUUAAUGAUGCCAGCAGCCAUGAUGGCCCAGGUCUGUAAUCCCAGUACUCAAGAGGUUGAGGUAUAAGGAUUGCCAUAAAUUCAAGAUCAGCCUGGACUACUUGGUAAGACCUUGUCUCAAAAAAACAAAAAUUUGUCGAAUAAACACAGGACAAACAUUUUAUGCAAGUGUUGCUGAUGUGACGGAGAAGGCUCUCAGCUGAGACCUUGCUUUGGGUCGGUAUCCAUGGCUUGUAGACCCACCAGCCUCUGCUCAAUCUUCAGUUGUCUCAUCUGGGCUCAGCAUUCUUCAGAGUUCCCCCAGAUCUGGCAGGCAGCCUUCCUGCCAGGCCACAGCUUUAUUUUUAACGCUAGGGAUUGACCAGGGCCUUGUGCAUGCUGAGAACACACUGCCACCAAGCCCAAGAGCUUCAUUGCUGGCACCUGGGGUGGAGCUGGGGGGCCAAACUACAGUGUGUGCAAAAGAAAAAAAACAUUCUCAAGCACAGACUGUGUUAAACCACAAAACAGCCUCAGUAAGUUAAAAAUAUUAAAAUCGUAUGUGUAUUUUCCAGUCGCAGUGGACUUAAAUAGAAAUCAAUAGCGAAAGAAAAACUGGAAAGUUGACAAAUAGGUGGAAAUUAUCACACGACUUUUCUCUUCUGCGGUGCCAGAGAUCAAACCCAGGGCACUGCACAAGUUAAGCGCUGUACCACUGGGCUGCGUCCCCCACCCAGCGGUGCACUCGACAACACUCAGAAAGGAAAUCACAAGAGAAGUUAGAAAAUAUCUUGAGACACAUGGAAACUGAAAACUGUCAAAACAUACAAAAUUCAAAAAAGGAAAAAGUGUUAAAAACUUAUUGCUAAAAGAUCUCAAACCAACAACCAAACUUUAUGCACAUGCUCUGAAUUCUUUAAUGUAUAUACAAAUGAAACCCAAAACCAGCAGAAGGGAUGAAAUGAGUAGAAUAGAGGUUAAAAAAAAAAAAAACAAAAACAAAAACAGUGGAGAUAAAUGAAAGCAAAAUUUGUUCAAAAAGAUCAACAAAAUUGACAAUGUAUAGCUAGAUUGACUAAUAAAAAUUAUUAUAACCAGGAACAGGCAUGGGUGGCACAUGCCUGUCAUCCCAGCCCUCAGGAAAACUAGCUCUCCGUGUGCAGAGUACUGAACUAAAAUCAAAAUGGAUCAAAGAUCUAAUGUUAAACACUUGCUCUGCUGGAAGAUAAGGUAAGUAAAACUCUUGAAGUCAUAGGUGUAAGCAAAGACUUUCUAAACAAAACCCCAGUUGAUUAAGAAAUAGUACCAAGAAUCAAUAGCCGGGGUCAUAUCAAAAAGCUCCUGCACAGCAAAAGAGAAUGCACAGAAUGGGAAAAUCAACAGCUAUUUCUGAGACCUAAGUCUAAUAUCUAGAUAUAAAGAACUCAAAAAUCAAAGACACUGUCAAAAAAUAGGCAAGUGUAAUGAAUAGCAAUCACAGAAGUAGAAUUGGUCAAUAAAUACAUGGAGAGAUGUUCACAAAUUAAAACACAGAUUUCAUCUUACCUUAGAAAAAAGAUGACUGUCAAAUCAGAAUGCUGGGCACACACUUGUAAUCCUAGCCCUUGGGAGGCUGAGGCAGGAGGAUUACCACAAGUUCAAGGCAUGGCUGAACUAUGGAGUAAGACCCUGUCUCAAACCAAAUAAUAAAUGCUGUGGGGCUGUGGAGGAGGAGGGCCCCUUCUCCAUUGUUGGUGGGAAUCUGGGAAUUCCUCAAAAUCUAGAGAUUCCACUUAACCCCACUAUUCUCUUUCUAGGUAUCUUCCUGGAUGAAUUAAAGACAUUGUGUGACAGUGAUAUAUGCACACUCAUGGUUAGAGCAGCACAGUUCAUAACAGCUAAAUCUUGGAAGCUCCUAAGUGUCCAUCAACAGAUGGAUAAAAAAGUAUGCUCCCUGGAGCACUACUCUGCUGUAAAGGAAAAGUUUGAGUUAUUUGUGGGAAAAUGGAUAAACCUGGAGACCAUUAUGUUAAGGGAAAUAAAGCAGACACACAAGGUUAAAUGUCACCUGCUUGCUCCUGAGAAAUCCAAAAUGUAAAAGCAAAAUCAAAGAUAAGAAGUAGGGAGCUAUUUCUUAAAUAGAAAAGGGAUCCAGAGCUGAAGGGAUGGGGGAAAAAAGGGGCUGAAAAAUUGAGAUGUGUUAUGUUCAUGCACCAACACCCUGCAAGGAGUGUGAUCAUCACACUGCAAACGUGUACUAAUAAAAGUCUAUCAACGAACAAUCCCAGCACUUGGAAGACUGAGGCAGGGGAUGCCUUGAGUUCAAGACCAGACUGAAAGGCUGGGGAUACAGCCCAGUGGCACAAGUGCCUGCCUGGCAAGUGUAAGGUCCUGAGUUCAAUUCCUGGUACCAAAGACAAUGACCAGACUGAGCAAUGUAGCAAGGCCCUGUCUCUAAUUUUUUAAGGAAAUGAAAAUGGAAAAAUGGGAUAUUACUAUAAAUUAUAUAGAAAUAAAAAAUAGAAAAUACUAUGGACAGUUCUAUGCCAACAAACUGGCUAGCAUAGAUGAAAUGGAUUAGUAGCCAUUCCUAGAAAUGCAAAACCUACUAAGAUUAAAUCCUGAAUGAACAGAAGCUGGGCAUGGUGCACACCUGUGAUCCCAGAACUUGGGUGGGGCAGGAGUAUUGUUAUGAGUUCAAGGCCAGCCUGAACUACAUAGCAAGACUGUUUCAAGCCAAAAAGAGAAAAGAAAUGAACAAAUUUGAAAAUGUCACUAGUAAGGACAGUGAAUCAGUAAUCAGAGAUCUCCCAACAACAACAAAAAGCUUUGGACUAAAUCAUGCCAUUGGUGAAACCAUCUACCAAGUGUUUAAAAACUAACACCAAGUCUCAGUCUUCCAAAAAAUUGGAGGGGAGACAUGUCCUAACUUACUCUCUGAGGGACAUAUUGCCCUGAUAGAGACAUCACAAGAAAAUUACAGGCUCCCCUCCCUGGUAAGCGGAUGCGGUGUGGCAGACUGCGACCCUUCCAGGGGGAGAACAACCAGUGUCUCCUGAGAUCCGCGCCAUGUUGGAAUUUAUGAAGCUGGAAAACCAAGCAACCAGCCUGCCUCCCUGCUAAGCAAUAGUGAACCUACUAGUGCACGGCCUAGAGUCAAACAUCCCACUUCCCUACCCCCCUUCUCCUGUCCCCCGUUAGCAAAUGGGAACAGAAAUCUGAGCGUCUCCUGGGAGGUUGACCAUAGCAAAUAAGGGGGGUUACCUUCUACCAUCUCUUUGAAGGCAAAUAUUUUUAUUACUGUUUUGCUCUUUUCUGAUUAAUGGUACUGCUCUAUUCAAUAUUCUGUUUUAAGAAGUUCUAAAAUGUUCUAUAUUUCAUUUUUUUUUUGAUAUACAUGAUUGAAAGAACAACUAUUGUAAGGAUAGCAAAAUACACUGUGAUGCCUAUUACUGUUAUCCUGGUAACCUGCUGUGAAGUUCUGUAUCAAUUUCACUACAUGGUCUCAGCUGGCUUUAUUCUGUCUUAUUCUGUUGUAUUUUAUUACUUUCAAAAUAAAAAAGAAAAUUACAAACAAA